AUGAUAAGCGAUACGCAGCUUGGAGUUAUGGCGAAUGCUUUAGGUAUUAUAAUGUUAUUGCUUGUUGUGCUUUUUCACUAUUUUCUGGCAAAUCAACGAAAAGAGAAAAAUUAA